GACGCCAUCUGGUGGUUCGUUUUGUUAACGAUUCUUUUCAUGUUGAAAUUUUGUUUCUUUUAAUUUGAUUGUAAUUCUCAGUUAAAUUGAUUGAAUUCCGAAAGCCUUUCUCAUACAAGUUGAUCUAUUAAGUGUACUAGAAUGUCUGACAACAAACCAACAAAGAACGAGUUAUUAACUAUUUUCAAUAAAUUGAAGAAUAUCCCUGCAAACAAGCAAUGUUUUGAUUGUGGAGCUAAAAAUCCGUCCUGGGCUAGUGUCAGUUUUGGCAUUUUUAUUUGUAUUGAUUGUUCGGCUAGACACCGGUCACUUGGAGUCCAUGUGUCAUUUGUACGAUCAACGCAGCUCGAUACAAAUUGGACUUGGCUUCAAGUUGGUUCAAUGCAAGCUGGUGGUAAUGAUAACGCUUUGGCCUUUUUCCAACAACACGGUUGUACCGCUAAAGAUGCUCAGCAAAAGUACCACAGUAGAGCUGCUCAGUUGUAUAAAGAUAAAUUAGCUGCUCAGGCCAUGAAACUAUAUGGAACCGAAUCGUUCAAAAGUCUUCCUUCAGGAACAGUCUUUAGUUCAGACACACAAGAGACUAGUGCUAAGCUUGAUUUUUGGUCUGAACAGGAACAAGAAAAUCGUUCAUCAGUGGCCGUUGAUAAAUUCGAGAAAAUAACUGAUUGUACCAUGGUAACAGCGCCUACUGAAUCAAUAAAUUCUAGCAAGCUUAGUGUUAAUUUUACUGAAAGAAAAGAAGGUAAAUCAGAUUAUAAGCCUGUCAUUGGUACACGUAAACAAACAACUAAAAGAGGAGGAGGAUUAGGAUCAAAGAAAGUUGGGGCUCAACGGAUCAACACCGAUUUUAGUGAGAUUGAAAAAGAAGCUGUUAAGGCUGAAGAAUUGAAAGCGUCCAUGACCAGAAACGAAACAAAAUCUUUAUCGAAAGAAGAGGUAAUCAAAACCAUAGAAGAAAUUGACACAACAUACAAGGAUCUAAGUGAACGAGCUCGAAUAACCGAAGAAAAGCUGCGAACUGUUGACCCAAUUAAAGCUCAACAAUUUGAGAGGCUUGGAAUGGGAUUUACUGCUGCUAAAACUGGCGUUUCUCAUUCGGCAAGUUCUGAUAUGAUGACCCUCGAACAAACCAAUCCAACAAAAUCAGAAACAACAAUAAGCUCUCGAAAUUAUUUCAUGGAUAAAGCACUUGAAACAGGUUUCGAGGAUUUAAUUAUUGGAAGCCAUCGAGAUGUGGGCUCUCGCAUCGAGCUUGAAUCUUUAGGAGAUAAUUUUAUCGUACCAAUUAAACAAAAAUCAAGUAAAUUUUUCGAAGACUUUGAUACUGCUUCUGGGUUCAAAAAGGAUAAUGAUGUUCCUGAAAUUCUUGAUGAAAUUCCAUCCAUCGAUGAAGAAAAAAAGCCGAUCAGAAGUUCGUCUCAUGGUUAUUACAAAUCGUCAACAUCGACUACUUCCGAUGUCCAAGCCCAGAAGAAAUUCGGACAAGCGAAAGCAAUAUCAUCUGACCAGUAUUUCAAUGAUGGUCGUUCUAGUGAAUUCGAACAACGUACAACUCUAUCGAAAUUUGAAGGGUCCAAUGCCAUCAGCAGUGACGAUUACUUUGGUCGAGCGAGCAAUCGAACAUCUUCAAGCUAUGCAAGUGGACUUUCCAAUGUGACUGCUAAUUUAUAUGAUGUUAAGGAAGGAGUUCGAGAUGGAGUCAGUCGUGUCGCAGGUCGCCUUUCCUCACUCGCAACUGACGUUAUGUCCUCUUUCCAAAAACAAUAAACUUUGGUUGAAAUAAUUAUCCAAUUUUAAUUUCAAUUAAAUUUUAAAACUUU